UCCCGGUGACUAAUGGAGAAAAGUCAAGCGGCCGGACUGCUGACUUUGCCGUACCACCUCCGCCCCGUGGCCCUGGGAAUACCGACGGCCCUUCCCCGGCUGCCCGCGGGGGAUCCCUUCAGGGUCUCCCUGCGGCUGGAUCCCGCGUGCUGGGAGCCUGCGCGCCGGGGCUGUGCCCCGAGGCGGCCCUACCUGUCCCUGCCGCUGGAUGGCGCCUUCGAGCCCGCCUUCCUCCGCAAGCGCAAUGAGCGGGAGCGGCAGCGGGUGCGCUGCGUGAACGAGGGCUACGCGCGCCUCCGUGACCAUCUGCCCCGGGAGUUGGCGGACAAGCGGCUCAGUAAGGUGGAGACGCUCCGCGCCGCCAUCGGCUACAUCAAGCACCUGCAGGAGCUGCUGGAGCGCCACGCGCUGGGACCCGAGGGCUCAGACGACGCCAGCCCCCCUCGCCGGGCCCGGGAAUGCAACAGCGAUGGCGAAUCCAAGGCCUCAUCUGCGCCUUCGCCCUGCAGCGAGCCCGAGGAGGGCGGCAGCUAGCGGGCGACUCCGCCGCUGGAGCCCGGUCCAGGUCCAGGUCCAUGUGCCCUCCUAAGAUGGUCUGCAUUUUGAAUCUGCUUCAUUUAUUUCCCCCUCCAGGACUGAAUUUUAGGGAAAAGAAAUGAGUGAUUUGAGGAGGAAAAAAUUUUCCAUAUUCCUGUCAUUCUCUAUUCCCCCCACCCCCCACCCCUUAGUGGAUUUGGUUCCUGCAACUUAAAGUUGCUUGUUAAGGAAACUUUUCCCUGUACAAGCGUGCGUGUGUGCACCUCGUUUUUAAAGCAAUUAUUCCAGCAGGUCGGGGGAUCAUAACGAUACUGGAAUUUCUCACUGCCGACGCUGUGAGUAAAUCGUGUACAUCAAUAUCAAAAUCAUGUCAAUCUUAACCAAAGAAGAACUUUCCCCAAUAA